CGCGGAAAAAAUAAGAGGAUAUAUGUAUACACAGUGUACAUCAAUUAAAUACUACAUAUACACAUAAAAUUAUAAUUCACGAAUUAUAACGCUAUAUUUAAAAUAUGGCACAGAGUAGAACAGAAAGAAUCGGAACAAUAUUUACAAGAGUAAAGUCACUGUUAAAUGCAGAUGUAUUACGUCCUGAUAAUUUACCAAUAUGGUAUGAGAUAUACAAAGCCUAUCCUCCAAAAUAUGAACCAACUUUUAGUAGAAAAACAUCAACAAUAAAUAUGCAAAAAAUAUUUUAUAAGGAAGAUCUUAUAAGAGCAAAAUUUCACAAAGAUGUAUCGCUACCUAUUAUAGAUAUGAAAAAAGAUAAGAUUACCGAAACUCAAAUCUUUUUCACUAUUUAUGAUUGUUUAUUACAGGGUGGUGUUAAAAAAGAAGAGGCGUAUGAGAAAGCAUUGAAGAGUUAUAAAACAAUUUUUGAGCCACACACACUACACAAAAAUAUUGAACAUGAUAAAGAACAACAAACAUAAGAAUUUGUAUAUAUUGUAUUUAUAAUAAUAUACUGAAUAGAGAAAAAUAUAAUAUUAAAUUAGA